GGGAUAGGAUGCUCCUAAAAUGUUGAUGAUAUUAAUGCAGUCAAUCACUGGAACUUGGAAGUUUAUUAUUUUUACAUUUGCAAUAAAAGUUUCGGUGUUUUGAAACUUGAACUGAAGUCAGCUAUUACUAUUUACUAAUACUAGUAUUACUAUUAGUUUUAGUUUAAAAAAAAAGCCCAAAUAAGCGACCUCUGAAUAAAAGAAGCCCAAAGAAUUGCAACCCAUAGCUCUCAAAAAAUUAAAGCGACUUUAAAAAUUAUUAGAACUAGAGUAGAAGUGAACUUGGCAAUGCUGGUUGAAUAUGAAUAGUAUGAAUUGAUUGGCCAUGGAAGCUUUACGUAAACAAGUGUCUGAUGUGGCAGGUGAAGGAGAUGAAGUUGUUGCAAAUGAAAAUAAAAAAAUAAAACUCUCAUCAGAAGUGGAGGUUAAAAGAACAUCAGUAAGUGUGCAUGAAAAUAUAUCAUCAUUUGAAAACUUCCACUUAACCAAGAUUCUUAACCAAAACAGCUCAACUAAAUCAAUAUUUGUUGAAGGUCGGUUUGGAAAUGAUAUUCGUCCUGCUGUUAUUCUGUUGGAAAAGACUUCAUUUGUGGAUGAAGCAAUUAAAAAGAUGCUUUGUAAGGACAUGACAGUCAAACAGCAGUUUCAUAAUGACAUAUAUGGAAGCUAUGAAGGAUUUCCCAGUGCAGAGUUCAAUGGUGUGAAAACUACAAUUAUUCACCCUGCCACAGAGAAACACAUUCAGAAGUAUUCAUCCCAUCCUGCCUACUUAGUUCAAGAAACUCCAGAAGUGUACAAGAAUGUUAUUGAGCCUCAUAUUCAAAGUCAACAGUUUUCAAUGCAGUGGGUUUAUAAUAUUUUGGAUCACAAAUCUGAAGCAGACAGGAUAGUGUUUGAAGAUAAAGAUCCAAUUUUAGGAUUUAUUUUGUUACCAGACUUAAAAUGGGAUAUGAAACAUAUUGAUAACUUGUAUCUUGUUGCAAUUUGUCAUCGAAAAGACUUGCAUUCUCUUCGUGACCUAACAGCGGACCAUUUACAACUGCUUAAGUCAAUCAGUGAGAAAGGAAAGCAAAACAUAGCUAAAAAAUUCAACAUCCCUGAAAAACAGUUACGAGUGUACGUUCAUUAUCAGCCCUCUUACUAUCAUUUCCAUGUCCACUUCACUGCGCUGUCCUUUGAUGCUCCUGGAUCUCAUGUUGAACGAGCUCAUCUUUUAGACAUGGUAAUCCAGAAUAUUCAGAUGGUUCCAGAUUACUACCAGAAAGCAACCCUGGUGUAUGCAAUGAGAGAAAAUGAUCCUUUGUACACCAAACUUCAAGAAGCUAAUGUGCUAUGAAAGUUAAACAUAGUUUUAAUUCUGGAAAAUAGUAAAAAAAAAGUUAAUUUUUGCUAGUACUUUUAACUUAAGAAAGGAAAAUUUUUUCUUUUUUUUUGUAUGUGAAUAUGUAUUUGUGUCUGGUAAAACAGAAAAUUCCAGUUUGGAACUGAUUUAGAGGCACACUGAAAUUUAUUUAACUUUUAAAACAGAAUAUUUGUUAUGUGUAACCAUUUACUCAUGAACUGCAUUCAAAUUAAGAUAAUUUAAUAAGUGUUUUUUAAAACUGACAAUCAAGAAAGAAAGUUUUAUUAUUGCACAUUACCUUUCAUUUUUUGAUAUUUCUGACCAGUAUUUCAUCAUUGCUUGAUGUAUAAAUAAAGCACACUUUAUUAA